AUGCGCGCUGCUCGCUUGACAUCAGAAAUUCGCGACGAAAAGAUCAUUGACAGGCUGGACAACGUCAUACUCGAUGGGUCAGAUGUGGAUACGUAUCUCUGCGAUCGAGUACGUCGUCGUGAUGUGUUUACAUCUGUAGCCAUGAGUAUGCUCUGGGAGUUCGUCUUUACUCGCUACUUGUUCGGCCUGGAUCGAGAAACAAGACAGAAGCUCAAGAGUCUCGAAAAGCAGUUGGUCGGACCCCCCUCGGCAAUACGGAGAUGGCGCGCCACAACUCUGACACUGUUGUCUAAUCGUGACAGUGUCCAGAACCAGCGUGACCAUGAUGCUAGAGCCGUAUCCGAAACUAUCUUCGAGACCUUAUGCGCCAUUCUCCCACCACCUUCAAAUCUGGAAAGUCAGCUUGUUUCUAGUCUGUCGCAGGUGACGAAAGAAGCAGUCGAGGUUUCAGUCGAGAUGCGCAGUCAAAAGGCAGAAUAUAUGAUGCUUCCACCUUUGCAGCCCGAGUAUGAUACGAAUGGUGACCUUGCAAGCUUGGUCUUUUUCAACGCUGCUUUGAUGAAUGAGCGCGGUGAUAGUUCGGACUUGACCAAUGAGGAGUAUGAAGCUCAAAAGUCAACAGUGAGAAUCGUGUUGUUUCCCCUGGUUGUGAAGAAGGGAGGAGAUUAUGGUGACGGCGAUGACGAGAUCGUUGUUUAUCCAGCUCAAGUGCUGGUAGCGCCAAAAAGAUCUGAAAAGAAGAACGUGGAAGUAAGUUCCUGA